CUUAACAGCCACUUAGAGCGUCCCGAAAUACUUUCCGUUCUUCCUCCAUUCGAGGGGAAGUCGGUCUUGGAGUUUGGAGCUGGCAUUGGUCGUUUCACUGGUGAAUUUGCUCAGAGGGCUAGCCAAGUUAUUGCUGUCGAUUUCAUUGAAAGUGUUAUCAAGAAGAAUGAAGACAUUAAUGGGCACCAUAAGAACGUCAAAUUUAUGUGUGCUGAUGUGACAUCCCCGGAUCUGAAGUUUUCGGACGAGUCGGUGGACCUAAUAUUCUCAAAUUGGCUACUGAUGUAUCUCUCUGAUAAAGAGGUGGAAGGUUUGGCAAGAAGGAUGCUACAGUGGUUGAAGGCUGGGGGGUAUAUUUUCUUUAGAGAGUCUUGCUUUCAUCAGUCUGGUGACAGCAAACGGAAAUACAACCCAACUCACUACCGUGAACCCAGAUUUUACACAAAGGUUUUCAAAGAAUGCCAUACGCAUGAUGAGGCUGGGAAUUCAUUUGAACUGUCUUUAGUUAGCUGUAAAUGCAUCGGAGCCUAUGUGAGAAACAAGAAGAAUCAGAACCAGAUUUGCUGGAUAUGGCAGAAAAUCAGUUCGGACAAUGAUCGUGGCUUCCAACGUUUCUUGGAUAACAUCCAGUACAAAUCUAGUGGCAUUCUACGCUAUGAGCGUGUCUUUGGAGAAGGUUUCGUGAGCACUGGGGGGAUCGAAACAACAAAGGAAUUUGUGGGGAAGCUGGACCUGAAGCCGGGGCAGAAAGUUCUAGAUGUCGGGUGCGGAAUUGGAGGAGGGGACUUCUACAUGGCUGAGAACUUUGACGUCGAUGUUGUGGGCAUUGAUCUCUCUGUCAACAUGAUAUCUUUUGCGCUUGAACGCGCCAUUGGGCUCAAAUGCUCCGUGGAAUUCGAAGUGGCUGAUUGCACAAAGAAGUCAUACUCGGAUAACACGUUCGAUGUUAUUUACAGCCGAGACACCAUUCUCCAUAUUCAAGACAAGCCGACAUUGUUUAAGACAUUCUACAAGUGGUUGAAGCCAGGAGGCAAAGUGCUUAUCUCUGAUUACUGCAGAAGUCCCAAAGCUCCAUCUCCGGAUUUUGCAGAGUACAUCAAGCAGCGAGGUUACGAUCUUCACGACAUACAAACAUACGGUCAGAUGCUCAAAGAUGCUGGUUUCAACGAGGUGAUUGCGGAGGACCGAACCAAUCAGUUCAUGCAAGUCCUGAAGCGGGAAUUGGACGCAGUCGAGAAGGAAAAGGAAGAGUUCAUCCAAGACUUCUCGAAAGAAGAGUACGAGGAGAUGGUGGGAGGGUGGAGGGCGAAGCUGCAGCGGAGCUCGAGGGGAGAGCAGAGGUGGGGUUUGUUCAUCGCCAAGAAAAUCUCCUAAGACACAGUGUGAGUGUUUCCUUCUCUCCUUCUUCUUGGAACUUUUUUUUUUGAAUGUUCAUGUUUUUUUUUGGUACUCUUUGUGUGUGAAGAAGCUAAGUAUUGGGCGGAACCUCGACUGGGAUUUUAGUUACCGUUGGUUUUGUUCAAUUUCCUCCGUCUUUUUUUUAUUGUUAACAGUCGAAGUUUUAUUACGUCAUGUGUUUGGUUUAUUA